CAAACAAGGAAUUAAAUCGACGAUGUACAUAUAUCUUGUAAUACAUUUAUAACGGAAAACAGUGUUUGAUGUUAUACAUUUCGAGCCUCGUUAAUUGGAUGGCCGGUGAGAACAUCUCCCAGCUUAUAGAGCGGGCCCAUGAGGCGGUGGGAAGGGACGAUAUAGAUGAGGCGAAGCAACUGGUCCUUCAGGCGCUUGUAGGGAUCAAAGAGGAGCAGGACAGACUCUCGACGGGGUUGGGCCCUGAUUUGAGCGAGCAGCAGUUGGCUGACUGGUUUGGGGAGUGCUCCUUUAUUUUUAACAAGAUUGGAGAAUACGUGCAGUCUGCCCGGUAUUUCUAUACAGCGACGGUGUAUGAUCCUACAUGGAACACAGCUAGUCACGCGAAUGUGUCCAAGGCGCUGUGGGACAACAUUGUCUACAAUGUGCCGCCUCCUGAGGUCCAGAUGCGAUACGAGAGCAUCAGACGUUUCCUGUAUGAGCUGGACCGCAUUGCGAAGCUCGCGGAGCGUCGUAAACGAUGGCAAGUGUGUAUAAUGAUCGACGCCGACAUCAACCGUGUGUAUGUGAAUUUAAGACAUUUCUUACUGCUCGGGCCCGCGAACAUCCGUGAACACCCAGACCGCAAGGAGUCGCUAUGGAGAACAGCUCGUUGCUUUCUUCAUUUGGGCGACCAUAUGCAAGUCAAGAAAGUUUGCAGCAUAAUCCUUCAAGAGUUUUGCGACUAUAACGACGUCGAGGCUUUGGAGAUAUGGUCCCGGGCCUUGAUCAUUUCCGGAGAUUUUGAUCUUGCUCUGCAAAAAUGUGAACUUGCUCACAGAUACGCCACGCAGGAAACGGAAGAUAUUGAGCGCCUGAACAAACUGAAGAGUGACAUAGAAUCCCAGCUACCAGCCAUAGUACAAGAUGAAAAUCUGGACCCUGAUGGCGAUUGGCUGCGCGGUACGAACGUACAUUUUCAGGUACUAAACAAAUUAGAAAGUUCAACACUUCGAUCCGUUUAUCAUAAGAAGAAGAAAAAACGACGAAGACCAAAAGCCAGAAGCCCUGCUCUUGCUAGCCAAGCAGAUGUUGAUAAAGCAAGAAAAGCACAAACUGAGGCUGAAUUGGCAGGAUCUCGAAAACAGAGAAGCUCCAUUGAAAGUCGACAAAAUCUGUCAGACGGAGUCAUACACAGUCCUUCACAGCUAAAUGCGAGACGUCCGAUCAGAGACCGCUCCACUGAAACUCCAAUCGGUCACUUGGAACCUGGCAGUGGCAUAAUUCCUAGGAGAUUGCAGCUAGAUGGGCAUGGACCACAUCCGAGACACGAAAGCCAGAGUAGCGCAAUAAAUGACGUUUCGUAUGAGGUUGCCAGCAUGUUUGACUCUGAUUCUGAGUAUUCGUUCGAUUCCGAUGACUCUGCGUCAAGCAGCAGCAGUAAUGACACCAUAGGAAAUAUAGAAGAAGCAUUGGAUGAAAUUGAAGUACCAGAAGAAGGAGAACAAAUAUCAUUCUAUGAACAAAGUUGCAUGCAUUACGACGAUGAUGCACAAGGUGAACGUGAGUUUGCAGAAGCCAAUGAUAAUAUGUUAAAAAAUGGUAUAAAGCUAAACAAGUCAUUCAUGCACCAAUUUGCUGAUAAAGGUCCUGAUGUAAACAACAGGGACACUUUUUAUGAAAGGGCUUUGACACAAGAUCAAAUGCGCGAAAAAAUGCUACAAAAUCCUAAGAAGUAUUUGAGGUGCACGAUAGAAAUAAAGGGGUCACACGAAGCCUUUUGUAUACCAAUUGAUACAACACACGGAAUUUCUAUUAUCGAGAUUUCAGGGAGAUCGAAGAUUGGUCAGGUGUUUAAUGAAGAUGAAGUUUUGGUUGAAUUAUUGGAUGAGGAAGAGAAACACGACAAGCGAUAUGGCAAAGUGUUAGGAGUUCUAAGCAGACAGCGUCACAAAGGUAAAGACCAUCCUGUCUUUAUCUGCACGUUAGAUACUAUUGAAAGCCAUCUUGUCCGACCGAUGUGCAGAACAAUCCCGAAGAUCCAUGUCAUCAACAAAAAUGUCAUAGACAGAUUUGGUCAUAAGAUGAAAAGGUUCAAAGUAGAAGUUUAUGACUACGACGAGCAUACAGAAGAGCUGUGCAACCCGAAAAUAUAUGAUGUGAAUACAUCGGGACAGAAAACUUUCGUGUUUUUGGUUGCAAUGAUUUCCUGGAGUCCGAGGCGUGUGUAUCCAUUGGGUGCGAUUGUAAAGAUAAUGCAUUGGGGAAGCAGCAUUCCGAAGGGUUUAGCUGUUCUGAAUCUACAGCAUGGGCUUCCGUCUGUGUACAAGAAGGAUACAGUAAAAAGUAUGGAGUGCAUCUCUAUGGAAAUGGACCGACGCGGUGGUGAUGAACCUGAUAGUCACCUGCUGCGUGACCGCACUGAUCUGACAAACCUGAACACAUUCACUAUAGAUCCGCCUGAGUCAACGGACCUUGAUGAUGCACUGAGCGUAGAACGCAUUGACGAAGGGUAUCGCGUUGGCGUCCAUAUCGCAGAUGUGUCUGUCUUUGUGAAGGCAGGAGAUCCGAUCGAUGUGGAAGCUUUUGAAAGAUCCACUACUUUUUAUUCAGGUAUCCAAAAGCCACGACACAUGAUACCAGAGCCUCUGAGCUCAAGCAUUUGCAGUCUACAUGCCGACAAAAGGCGUUUAACGUUGACUAUAUUUUUCCUUCUCGACAAUCAAGGAAGACCCAUACAAAUGGAAGGAAACAAUUAUUCUUUAGUCGAGUCUAUCAUUAAAUCAAAGGGAAAACUAUCAUAUAGCCAGGCGCAAAACUUUAUUAUGAGCACCAGCGAACAAAGCCAGCUGGCACAAGAUGUUAAAUCACUUUUUACACUUGCAAAAAAAAUCCGUAAGAGGCGACUCGGAAAGGCAAUGUUAGAUUUGACCAACGAUUGGGAAGAAAAUUUAGAAGAAGAAUCACAAGUUAAGACUUCGGAAGCCCAUUAUCUGGUGGAAGAAUUUAUGAUUAUGGCAAACAAGAAGGUUGCAGAAAUACUGUGUAGACGUUUUGAUCGUUGCGUGCCCAUUCGUAGACAACCACCACCUUCAGAGGAAGGACUUCAAGAAUUUGUCAAGAAGAACGGUGUGUAUAUAGAUGUCAUGUCUACGUUCCAAGACAGGAAUAUCAUUGAUCGUACCAGAGGAACAGACAAUGCGCUUGCAGACAACAGCGGUGCUGACAAGUCCGUACUAGUGCCACAGCAGCUUUGGAUGAAAAUGAAAAAGGAUCCAUCAUUUGCAGCCCGAUGCUUACAAGAGGAUACAGUGUUUGCCCUGCAGAAUGUCAUUUACCAACAGUGGUUGAACAUUCAGCAGCGAGCUGGAUAUCAUUGUGCAGCAAGCGUCACUCCGGAGGAUGGAAAACACUACUCCCUCAACAUGUACCCUUACACUCAUUUCACAUCUCCGAUCCGACGAUACAAUGAUCUUGUUAUACACAGGCUCUUAAAAGCCUAUAUUCGAAAAUCGCCGAAUCCUUACACUAAGGAUCAAAUUGACAAAAUAUGCACCCAUAUCAAUUCAGUUAUCAGGCGUUCCAAACAAUACCAGCAAGGAUGUAAAGCAUUGAGGGAAGCCGUGAAAUUACAAGAGAACCCAGAAAUGAUGAGCUGUUUCAUAGAUGACAUUACAGAUCAGGGAUUCACAUUGUGUUCUCCAUAUUUGAAAAAUGCCAAGACAGCAAAUAGAGCCCUGAACUACAGUCUACUAGACAUUGGUUUUAGACCAGAGGUCAAAGAGGAUACCAAAACAACUUGGGACCUUGUGAAGGCAACAUGGAGGAAACGCCUGUAUGAUUUUAAAGGAGAGCCCCUACAAUAUUCCUCUGACCGUGGAAACAUUCUCCAGCUGAACGCACAAAAGAGCGUGGUGUUUAUCCCAUUGCAUAACUGGGCCAAGAUGUUAAAAUCAGCUUCAGAAGGCAUGCUUGAAGACCUUCGAAGAAACAUAUCUGCAGCUUCUUCGAAAGCAAACAUCCGCCCUAUUGGUUUGGAUGAUGUGAGCACUGAAUGCAGAGACUUAAAGUUGCUGCAACAAAGUACCAAAUUUACCAUGGUAUUCUCUCGUGGACAAACUGUUCACGUGCAAAUGACUGCAGGUCCGCAGAAGGGUCUUCUCGUCACGAAACCGAUGUUGUAUAAAAUGACGAACAACAUUAACUUCUGCUUGCUUCACGCUGAUGACCCAGUCUUACAUUUGUUUCAUUAUGUGACAGCUCGUACUUUGGAUCAAUACAAGAGUGUAAGUCAGUACCUUCAACGUUGGUUGCCGCUAAUUCUAAUGGAAGCUGCUAAAGGCAUUGUAUGCAAUGAAGAAUCAUGUGUCAUUAACAAUGUACCGAUCAAAUUCACGGAUCGAAAGGGAAAGUUUGUUUUGAGUUUGUCUCAUUGCGAGACAAGAAACAUAGAGCUUUCUGGCACUGAGACGGAGGACGAGUAUGACUGUCAGAGUGAAGGAAGUGCUCAAUCUUAUGACUGGCUUUGCCUCAAGGCACCUAUUCCUGGAACGGAGAUAAGAUCUGGUGAAAUUAGAUCAGUCAUUGACACACUUCCAAACCACUGGGUUGGACAUGCAGAAAUAAAGAGUGUUAAGAAACGGGAAAACGCAGGGUCGUCUGGUAAACUGACGGUCCAUUUUGACCUCCACGACAAGACGCCGUCCGUACCACUGCAAAUGAAGGACGACCCAAAAACAACAAAGUUCAGCGUGGAAAUACUGAGGAAGUCUGAGGUUGACAGGCGUACUGAGAGCUUCAUUAAGAGACUUCCUACGUCUAAGACUUCCCUUGCCACGUGUAUCGCUCUAAACCGACCAAUACCAGAAUUGGAUCGAGACCAUGCACACAUAGUGCAAAUGAUUGUGCGGGAUCUACACUUUGAUGAAUGUGACAACACACAAAACACAAGAACCCACAUUCUUCCGCCUAACAAUGAAAAGCAGCAAGAAGCAAUUGACAAGGCACUGGCAUCAAAAUUCACACUGAUCCAAGGGCCACCAGGCACUGGCAAGACAUACACUGGUAUUAAGCUAAUGUAUCUUUUCGACAAAAUCAACAACAUUUUACACAAAGAAGGAAAACCUAAAAAGCAAGUUCUGUUCUGUGGACCUUCAAACAAAUCGGUGGACCUUGUAGCAAAGUGGAUGUUGGAAAGGAUGUUCAAAUUCAAGCCAAAGUUCGUCCGUGUUUACGGGAGAUCGAUAGAGGCCAUCGACUUUCCGAUACCUGGACGUACCUUCUUGUCAAAGAAAAGCACUAGAUCGUUACAUGCUGACGCAGACCUGAAGUCAGUAGCUCUCCACCACCUGAUAAGACAAAGGGGAAAGCCAAAUUCAGAGGAAAUACGUGCAAUGGAUAGGUAUUUUGCAAGAACAAACUACGCGCCAGACCCUGUGCAGGUGCCAAAGUAUGUUCAUCUAAUACGCGGGGCAUCCAUCGCAGAAAUCAGGAACCAUGAUGUGAUACUUUGUACCACGGCGGUUGGGUCCAACCCAAAAGUGUUGGAGGCCACACAGGUUCACCAGGUUAUUGUUGACGAAGCGGGCAUGUGCCCCGAGCCCCAGUGCCUCGUGCCGAUUAUCGCCACAAAGGCCGAACAAGUUGUCUUAAUUGGUGACCACAAGCAGUUGAGGCCGAUCAUUAUGUGCCGAGAGGCCGGGGAACUUGGGCUGGAGACUUCCCUUUUUGAAAGAUAUGCCACUACCAGCAGUUCCCAAAACGUGCAGUUCACCAUGCUGAAUAAACAGUACCGAAUGCAUCCGCAAAUUUGUGAGUUUCCGUCGGAUAAGUUCUAUAACAGGAUGCUAAUAAAUGGACCAGGUCCGUGGAGUGACAACCCGCUGCGGAUUUGGCCACAGGAUCAGUUUGGGACAUAUCCCCACGUUCUGAUCCACGUCGAGGGAGAAGAGAAAAGGCUCACAGUUUCAACUGAGGACGGAAAUGAGCAGUCAAGGAGCAAUGCUAAGGAAAUAGAGGAAGUGAUUCGACUGUAUCGCUAUCUUGGGGACCAAUCCGAUUAUGGACAAGUGUGUAUUAUAUCCCAGUACAACGCUCAGUGCUCGGAGAUCCGACGUCGCCUUAUUGAGGAAAAGUUUCAGGAAGAAGCAAUGAACGUCAGGACUGUCGUCUCCAGUCAAGGUGGAGAGUGGGACUAUGUGAUCUUCAGUACGGUUCGCUCCCUACCUCAUUACAAGAUCGAGAAGAGCCCUACCCUUGGCUGGUGCAAGCAAAGUCUAGGCUUCAUCACUGACCGGAAUCAGGUCAAUGUAGCCCUUACCAGAGCAAGAAAAGGGCUCAUUAUUAUUGGAAACAAAAACCUCUUAGCGUGCGAUGUGCUUUGGAAGAAACUGGUCGAGCAUUAUGACAGACGGGGUUGUGUUAAGACCCCAGAAGAGUUCCCACCAAGCGGCAUCAAGAAGACCAGACAGGAAAUGCUACUGGAGAAGCAGGCUAAUAAUAUGCGUAGAUAUGGAGAUGAGAUGUUCGUUUCGGGCGAAGGAAAGGCCACCGACUAUGAGGGUCCAUUUGAUUUGCCAGAUGAUGAUGAUGAUGAUGAUGAUGAUGAUGAUGGAACGAAUCUGGCAUCUGGGUCGUCAUGGCAACAAUGUGGGCGAAAAGGAAGAGGGGGACAAGGGAAACAAUUUUAGAUGGUUUAUACAAACGAUUGCUAAACCAUUGGAGCAAAGGCUUUUGUUUUAUUUGAUGCCUUAUUUUCAUGUUUGCUGAUUUUGCAUCAUUAUUUAUUAACACCAAAUGUCUGUUGAUUUUAACGCCUUAACAUACGAUAUACUACAUAUGUUGUUUGUGUUUAAAUAAUAUGUGUUUUUGUCAUGUUGUUCAUUUAUAAUAAUUAUGUAGGCUGGAUCUUAAUGUAGUCAUUAUUAAUUGUUACUUCGGAUAUAUUUAUUAGCAGUUAUUAAUGAUUUUUUUUUGUAUCAAUACAGUGCUUUAACAAAAUGUCCAUCAAUUAGUUAGAUUAUUGUUGUUGUUGUGUUUUUUUUAAUUGAUUUAAAAUAUGUUGAUUUAUUUUUAUAAAUACAUGUGCAAUUAACAGCUAGUUACCCAUUGUACGCACUUUUUGAACUAUUUUGUUUUUAUUGAUUGUUUUAAUUUAAACUCAUUGCCUUUCUCUUGCGAUCCGAGAUUAUUUGUUUUUGCUGGUUUAUAAUAUUAUUUGCCAGUUUGAUUCUUUUGUUUUAUUUCUACAAAAUGUUUGUCAUAAUUAUAUAAAUGGUGUAUUUGUGAUUCAGAUAAUGUCUGCACUAUACCGGUGUUUCGAAAAAAAAUGCCAGAUAUAGUAAGGCUGUUGUUAUUCAUGCAGAUUUUUUAUGAAUCGUCUUACAUAGUCCCAUCCAUCGGUACUUUUAUAUUCAACGGCGUUUUUAUAUUUAUGAUCUCAUGCUUUUUCAUUGAUGUACAUUUAAUGUUAAGCUGCAAUUUCUUUAUUUCUAUGAGUUUUGCCUACGACAAGUAACAUCAGUUGUUGGGGUUUUCUUUGAUGACCAGUGGUGAUUGCAGUUGUUUAAUGAAAAUCUAAAUGAAUUAGUUUGUUCUCUCAAAUGCGACAACUUUCUUGUUUCUUAUCAGAUCGCAAAUCGUUACUAUACCAUUGUUUUUGGUGUUUUUUGCUGGACAUCGGUAUAGAAUAAUUUCACCUUCUUCCAUGUUACGUGUAUCAAUUCCCAAGGAAUUUUGCCUAAAUAGAAAUGGUUUAAAAUUAAGUAUUAUGUCUUUAAUGUGCUGUUGCUAUUUUGCUUUUUUAUAAUUAUUCUCUUUGCCUGUUUUUGUGUGAUGGUUAAUGAGAUUAAUCAUGAGAUUCAUUGAAAUUAUUAACAUGGCUGUUUCUCAGUAAUUCAGUUCUAUUUUCAUUUUUUUCUAGUUUAACUUCAUUUGUCUUUCAUUGUUAACAUACUGUGAUACAGUUUUUUUUAUGUUGUUUGAAUUAAUAUGUUUUUACGCAGUGAAACUGCAUUUUCGUGACUAAAAUAUUAUGUCCAUAUAUUUGUUAUUAAAAUCAUUUAAAACCAG